UUCAACAACAAACAACGAAAGCCGAAAAGGGGAAAGAAAGAUAGGCAUAAAAAAGAAAAAGGGGAAAGAGAAACAGGCCACCCUCUCUCGUUGUAUUCGGCAUCGGCCUUCCAAGUUUCAUGUUCCAUGUUUCAAGUGUGGAACUGGAUGGUCUAUGGUUAUUGAUCCAUUUCCCAUCUGAUUUCGAUUAUGUUUCAUGUAUUCGUGGAUUUGAAUACAAAUUGAAAUUCAAAUUCAAAUUCCAGCAUAAAAUAUUCGGAUUGACUGGAAAUUGAGGAAUGGCGGCGCAAAACCAGACCGAUCUAUUCGAUGCUUAUUUUAGGAAAGCGGAUUUGGACGGCGACGGCCAGAUCAGCGGAGCCGAGGCUGUUGCCUUUUUUCAAGGCUCCAAUUUGCCCAAACAAGUUCUCGCCCAGGUGUGGAUGUAUGCUGACCAGAAGAAACUGGGUUAUCUUGGUAGACAAGAAUUUUAUAAUGCCCUUAAACUUGUAACUGUGGCACAAAGUAAGCGAGAUCUAACACCAGAGAUGGUCAAAGCUGCACUGUAUGGCCCUGCUUCAGCUAAGAUUCCUGCUCCGCAAAUAAACGUUGCUGCCACACCUACACCACACCCACGGGUAGCAACUGUUACUUCACAGUCCAGUGGCAACUCAUCUGUGCCAUCCCAGAAUUCUGGCCUCAAUGGGGCACCUGGUCUUGGCAAUGUGGGUGUAAACCAGCAGUAUGUUCAACCAUUGCAAAAUCAAGUUGUGAGGCAACCUCAAGCAAUGCCUCCCAGUUCUUCAUCACAAAUACAACCAGCACUUGCUGCACAAGGCGAGCUGAGGGCUGGUAACAUGGUGGCUCCUCCUCGUCUUCCAACAUCAUAUUCCUCGACUAAUUGGCAAAGUGGAAGCUCAAGUGGAUUCACAGCGGAUUUCAGUAACCAAGUUCAAAACCGAAGUGUAAGUCCUUCUACAGGCCAAGGAUUUGGACUUACAGAUUUGGGGUUGACACCUUCUAUGCAACCAAGACCACAAGCAACCCCUGUGCAGAUAUCCUCUUCUGCUCCAAAACCAAAGGAUUCAUCCAUACCAUCCAAUGAGUUAGCAGCAGGGGACUCCAAGGCAUUGGUGGUUUCGGGAAACGGAUUUGCCUCUGAUUCUCUUUUUGGUGAUGUUUUCUCUACAACUUCAUCACAAUCAAAGCAAACUUCUUUGGCAACCACAUCGUCUGCAACUGGCUCCAUUGUCUCAACUACCUCUGUUCCAGCUUCUGGGCCCUAUCCUUCUGCAAAGUCAAGCCCAGCUGAGUCUUUGCAGGGUGCACUUUCUCAGAAGCCUGUGGGUGGUCAGUAUCACCCAGGCCAUCCAACAGGGAGACAGUACCAGCAGGCUGCAGGUCCAAGCAGUGCUGCAUCUAGUUCAACUGGGUUUCCUGUUGGACAUGGGAAUUUGUCUUCUGGUCAAUCAACUCGGUCUCAGCCCCCAUGGCCAAAGAUGACUCAAUCUGAUAUACAAAAGUACACAAAAGUAUUUGUACAAGUUGACACUGAUAGAGAUGGAAAGAUUACUGGUGAUCAGGCUCGCAAUCUGUUCUUAAGCUGGAGGCUUCCAAGAGAGGUCUUAAAGCAGGUGUGGGACCUAUCUGAUCAAGAUAAUGACAGCAUGCUUUCUUUGAGAGAGUUUUGUACUGCUCUUUAUUUGAUGGAACGCUAUAGAGAAGGUCGCCUUCUUCCUUCAGUGCUCCCAAAUAGUCUCAUAUCUGAUGAGACUCCAUCCACCUCAGGUCAUCCUCCAGUUUCACACAGAAAUGUAGCUUGGGGGCCUGCUCAUGGUUUUCUGCAACCACAAGCUAUUACUGCUCCACGGCCACCUUUACCUUCUGCUAGGGGAAGACUACCAAGGCCAGUGUCAUUUUCUCAGACUGAUGCACAGACGCCACCUGCUCCACAAAAGUCCAAGGUUCCAGUUCUGGAAAAGAACCUUGUAGAUCAACUUAGCCAAGAGGAGCAAGAUUCUCUUAACUCAAAGUUCAAAGAGGCAACAGAUGCAAAUAAAAAGGUUGAAGAGCUGGAAAAGGAGAUACAAGAUUCAAGAGAAAAAACUGAAUUCUUUCGUGCUAAGAUGCAGGAACUUAUUUUAUAUAAAAGCAGAUGUGACAAUCGACUUAAUGAGAUUACUGAAAGAGCCUCUGCUGACAAAAGAGAGGUUGAAGCAUUGGCGAAGAAGUAUGAAGAGAAAUACAGGCUGUCUGGAGAUGUAGCCUCUAGGUUAACCAUCGAGGAGUCCACAUUUCGUGAUAUUCAGGAGGAAAAAAUGGAAUUGUAUCAGGCAAUUGUCAAAAUAGAACAUGGUGACAAUAAGGAUGGUGCUCUCCAGGAGCGCGCAAAUCAAAUACAAUCAAGUCUGGAGGAAUUAGUGAAAUCUCUUAAUGAACGUUGCAAACAAUAUGGAUUACGUGCUAAACCAACUUCACUGGUGGAGCUUCCUUUUGGCUGGCAAACUGGAAUCCAAGAAAGUGCAGCUGAUUGGGAUGAAGAUUGGGAUAAGUUUGAAGAUGAAGGAUUCACAUUUGUAAAGGAGCUCACACUUGAUGUGCAAAAUGUCAUAGCCCCUCCAACAAAAUCUUCAUUAGUUAAAAAAGAAACAGCUUCUACAACUGCUGCUGAUGCUAACUCAGAUAAGGUUCCAGAUACAAGUGAAAGGAUCCCUGAGAAAGACUUAGCACUUGAUCAAAGUGAGGAUGGCCUGUCCAAAAAGCCAGCUGUUACAACAGAUAAGCAAUCUCAAGAAUUGCAGGAUAUCCAUGUGACUACUUGUGCUGAUGGUUCUCCCCAUGCUCAGAAGACGAGUGAUCCUUAUGGGUCCCCCCACGCCAAGAAAACGGAUGAUGCUGAUAGCUCAGCUCUCGCUAAAGAACCUAGAAGGGAUCAGGGUGGUGCGGAAUCUUUAUUUUCUGAGGACAUGAGUUUUGAUGAACAUAGCUGGGGAAAAUUUGAUUCUCAGUUCAACCCAGUUUGGGGUUUUGACAAUGAAAGAGGCAAGGAGACUGAUGACUCUAUAUUUGGUCUUGGCGACUUCAAUAUAAAGCGCAUAAAAACACAGUCCUCGCACACAGAAAACUUGUUCCCAGGGAAAGGUCCAAUUGUUUUUGAUUCUGUUCCGAGCACCCCUGCAAAUGCAGGUGACAUGUUCAAUGGGAAGAGCUUAUCUAUUUUUGCAGACUCUGUUCCAAGCACCCCUGCUUUUGCAGAUAACAUGUUCAAGGGGAAGGGCUCAUCUGUUUUUGCAGAUUCUGUUCCAAGCACUCCUGCCUACACGGAUAACAUGUUCAAGGGUCAGAGUUCAUCCUUGUUUGCAGAUUCUGUUCCAAGCACUCCUGCCUAUGCGGAUAACACGUUCAAGAGUCAGAGUUCAUCCUUGUUUGCAGAUUCUGUUCCAAGUACUCCUGCCUAUGCAGAUAACAUGUUCAAGGGGAAGACUUCAUCCAUAUUUGCAGAUUCUGUUCCAAGCACUCCUGCCUAUGCAGAUAACAUGUUCAAGGGGCAGAGCUCGUCUCUUUUUGCGGACUCUGUUCCGAGCACCCCUGCUUAUCAUCAUUCCCAACAGAGUUUUGGUGAAGGAUCAGAUGCUUAUUCGUUUGACAGCUUCUCUAGGUCUGAUUCGUUCAACAUGCAAGACAGUGGAUUGUUUCAACCCCGCACCUUUGACAGGUUUGAUUCCAUGCGCAGCUCAACAGACUUUGAUCAGGGUUAUGGGUUCCCCCCUUCGGGGUUUAAUUCAUUAAACGCACAUGAUCGACCUGACAAAUCACUAUCAAGGUUUGAUUCCAUGGGAAGCACUACAGGGUUUGAUCACAGUCAUGAGUUCACAUCGUUUGAUGACAACGAUCCAUUUGGGUCAACGGGGCCAUUUAGGACAUCACUGGACAGUCAGAGUCCGAGGAAAGAUUCCGAUAAAUGGAGUGCUUUUUAGGUAUAAAUACAUAAAUAAUAUAAAUGCAAUUGAAUGGACGGCUGGGGGGUGUUUCACGUUAUCAUGCCUUGUAGGUCUAGAUUUUGGUCUCUUGUCUGGCGGCUUUGAUUCUUUUAUUAGUAUAUACAGCGUCUGGAUAAAGGAGUGGUUGUGCUAAGUCUUGUUUUUCUUUUCCCUUAUCUGCAUCUUUAUACCGAUGCCAUUUUCUUUCUUUUGAUUGUUUUUAGUUUUUUAGUUUUAGUGCUUUUUCUUCUUCUCCUUGUUUAUGGACGGGUCUGGACUCACGUAAUGUUGUUAUUUCCAAAUCGUCGGUGAUAAUCAUUGUAUGCCAUAUGAACGUAAAAUUUGUAUAAACUCAUUUCUCAUGCACUCAGUGGCCUUGUAAUGAUUUUUGUUUUUGUUUUUGGAUAA